CUCCUCAGUACCGUCCCGGUGUCCGCCGGUGCAGCAGCUCCAUCUCUUCCCUCCGUGAGGCUGGAAGCUGCCAGAUGUGCUGUAGAUGGAAGAAGACAUCCAUCAUUCACGGCUCUGCGUCGCUCUUCUCUCCGCUCUGAGGACAAACUGGCACCAAGAGGAGAAAAGACGAGGAGGAGACGCGCGUAAUUUCCUCUGUGCGCCUCCGCCGCGCCAUGCCGCUCCGCCGCUGACCGCCUCCGCCGCUCCGCGUCUUGGAUGAACUUUCUGGCCGCCUGCGGGGACGCGGCCGGUCGCUCCGACAUCAUGAAGACGACGCGGAAAUGUCGCGCCCUACUGUCGGUGGGUCUGAACCUGGUGGCGUUGUUCUUCUCCACCACCGCCUUCAUCACCACGUACUGGUGCGAAGGAACCCAGCGCGUCCCCAAACCCAACUGCAGCAAGCAGCGGCACCACAACUGCAUCGACUACGGCGUGAACGAGACGGACCAGAGCAAGGUGCACUACAGCUGGGAGACCGGGGACGACCGCUUCCUGUUCCGCCGCUUCCACACCGGCAUCUGGUACUCCUGCGAGGAGAACAUCCACGAAGCAGCUUACCGCCUUCAUUACAUCAUGACUGGCAGCAGCGCUUGUAAGAAGCUCAAACUGACUCUGCUGCUCUAA